AUGUCUGAUCUUGGUAAGGCAAAAUCUCCUAAUCAUUUGUUUCCCGUGCCCGAUACCUCUACAAUAACUCUAGCUGGCGAAGUCUCUAACAAUGAGAUGACCUCUACCUCAAAAGCUGCUACUUUGCAAGGAAGAACUGAUAAUUUGAAAUCCUCUGAAAGGCUUCAAAAGAAAAGAGAAUUAACUACUGACACUGAGAUGAAAACUCCAGCAGAUGUACCUGUAAAGAAACGCUGGAAACCUAAUGGUGAUGGAGCUACAGAUAACGAGACAAGUAAACCUAAAGGUGUACAUGAGGGAGAUGUCACUCCUUUGGGAGAACUUGGAGAAAUGCUGAGCACAAUGGAGUCUCUUAUGAAGAGGAAACCUUCUAUGCCAAUCGAGGAAACGAAGUGGGUAGAUUUGCCCGAGUGCUCUGUUGAAGAAAAAAUUGCCUAUGUGGAGGCUAUGUCACCUGCCUUUCCUCAACUCUGUUAUUAUUCGAGUAAGUUCGCCUCCGAUGUAGUGCAGCACCACAAGCAAUUAUCUGCCAAAGAGCAAUCAAAGCGCGAGGAGACUGAAGCUUUGUGCAAUGUUGCAGAGCGCGAGAUAGAGAAGCUGAAAGAGAGAUUGGUUGCCGCGGAAAAGGAGGUGUCUGCUGCCAACACCAAGGUUAAGCAGCAGGAAGCAAAAUACCUAGAUCUUUGUCAGAGAAAUGCCAACUUGGAGGCAGCCAAAUCUGCAGCAGAAACUGAAGCUUUGGAAGCAAAGCAGCAGGCAAUAGAAUUAGGAUCGAAAACUGCCAAGUUGGAGGCAGUCAAAUCUGCAGCGGAAGUUGAAGCUGCAAAAGAAAAGAAGCAGGCCAUAGAGCUAGGAUCAAAAGCUUCCAAGUUGGAGGCAGCCAAAUCUGCAGCGGAAUUUGAAGCUGCAAAAGCAAAGCAGCAGGCCAUAGAGCUAGGAUCAAACGCUGCCAAGUUGGAGGCAGCCAAAUCUGCAGCAAAAGCUGAAGCUGCAAAAGCAAAGAAGCAGGCAGACAAAUCUGCAGCGGAAGCCGAAGCUGCAGAAGCACCGCAGCAGGCAAUAGAGCUAGGAUCCAAAGCUGCCAAGUUGGAGGCAGCCAAAUCUGCAGCAGAAGCUGAAGCUGCAAAAGCAAAGCAGCAGGCGGUAGAGCUAGGAUUGAGAGUUACCGAAUUGGAGGCAGCCAAAUCUGCAGCGGAAACUGAAGCUGCAGAAGCAAAGAAGCAGGUGGUAGAGUCACAAUGGAGAGCUGCCACAGCAGAGAAGAAGGUUAUUGACGCACAACAGCUGGUUGCGAAAGAAAGAGAAGAAAGAGAGGCAUUGAAGACAACCUUUGAUAAAUCAUUUAAGGAGUUGCAAGAAUUUAGUACACUUCUAGGUGGAUGA